AUGAUGGGCUCCAAAGCACGAGCACGACGACGUUUCAUUUCGUUAUUCAGUAUUUUUGUUGUCAUUUCCUGCUUAUUACAGUACUGUUCAGCAGGUGUUACAAAAAAUAACAGCUGUAAAAAAGUUGGAAGUGAAGAAUUGAUAGAUGAGGAGGGAUGUGAUUUGAUGAUUAUUCGAAUCAAUCGAUGCAGUGGUCACUGCUUUUCAUUCACAUUCCCGAAUCCGUUAACCAAAAAAUAUUCUGUUCAUGCCAAAUGUUGUCGGAUGGUUGAAUGGGAAAUGCUCGAAACCGAAUUAAAAUGCUCCGAAGGAAACAGAAAACUUCGAAUACCAUCAGCAACACAAUGUGAAUGUUUCGACUGCCUUGUUCAAUAA